AUGGCCAAGAGUAGGCUUUCUGGGGGAUAUUGUGGUAAUGCAGUUGAAACAGGUUGUGUAUCAGAUGGAUCCGGUACAUCAGGAAGAAUGGAUACUGACAAUACUGUUUCGGAGGAGGACAAUCGGAUUUCGCGAAGGAAAUGUAUUGGUUUUGAUUCAGGUCUCCGUGGCGACUUUGGAGUUCCUAUUCAAGUUGUUCCUUUGUCUAAAUUGUCAGCGCUUCAAAGAAAAGAUCUUGUGAAUCAGUUUAGGUCUGAUCUUGAACAGCUUCACCUUUUCCAAAAGAGAAAUGGUGUUAUAUUGCCGUCUUCUAGUGAUAAUAUGAUUAACCGCAAUAAUGGUCUAAAUAGGCCUCAGAAAGAGAACUCGAGAAAACCAUCAAUAUCUGGUUCAGUACCGGGGAAUGCGUUGAAACCAUUAAUAGAGAACUCGAGAAAACCAUCAAUGUCUAGUUCAGCUUCAGGGAAUGCAUUGAAACCAUUAAUUGAGACCUCAAGGAAACCAUCAAAAUCAGGUUCAGUAUCAGUGAAUAAACUGAAAUCAUUGGAUCAGAGUCAGAAGCCUCGUGGAGGGAGUCGGGGAUCUUCUGGAAAAUUUGAGACUCCGGGACGAACUUCCUUGCCAGGAACUGCAAAUGCUGCGUUGAUGAAAGAUUGUGAGUUACUGUUGAAAAGGUUGAUGAAUCACCAACAUGGUUGGGUUUUUAACGCCCCUGUGGAUGUGGUUAAGUUGAACCUUCCUGAUUAUUUCAGUGUCAUUAAGCAUCCUAUGGAUUUGGGAACAGUACAGAGCAAGAUCGCUACAGGGUCAUACACAGACCCAUUGGAAUUUGCGGCAGAUGUGAGACUUACAUUUUCAAAUGCAAUGAAGUAUAAUCCACGCGGGAAUGAUGUUCAUAUCAUGGCCGAUGCCCUUAAUAAAUAUUUUGAACUGAGAUGGAAAUCAAUCCAGAAAAAAAUUCCUAGAAAAGGCUCUCUACCAUUGCCCAUGAAGAGAGAAACUUGUGAAGAUGUAAAAACUACCAGACCAGCGCAUCCUUCUAAAAAGAGGAAAAUUGCCUCAUUGCCUGCUCAACCUGAAAUUGUCCCACUCCCACCUGCUCAACCUGAAGUUAUCCCACCUGUUCAACUGCAAGUUAUCCCACAUGCUAAACAGAUUAUGUCUGAUCAAGAAAAACUAAAUAUUGGUAGAGAAUUGGAGUCUCUUCAAGGUGAAAUACCUGCCCAUAUCCUUGAUUUCUUGAAAGAGCAUAAUUCAAAUGAUAAAGAAUGUGAAGAUGAGAUUGAGAUUGAUAUUGAAGAUCUAAGUGAUGAUACACUGUUCAAAUUACGAAAGCUUUUGGAUGACUCUUUACUGGAGAAGCAAAAAAACAAAGUAAAAGUUGAAGUGUGUGAAAUAGAGCUUUUUAAUGACUCUGGACCAAGCAAUUCAUCAUUGCAAGCAUUUAAAGGUGAUGAUCCGGCUGAUGAAGAGGUGGACAUUUGUGGAAUUGAUUCCCCCGUCUCAAGCCAUCCUCCUGUAGUGAUUGAAAAGGAUACAACCUACCAAACGAGUAAAUGUUCAAGUUCAGGGAGCAGCGAUACAGAUUCUAGUGGUUCUUCUGAUAGUGAAUCGGAUGAUGCUAGCACAAGACCAGAUGAUUUAUUAAAGGUACAAGAAAACAUGGGCACUGCUUCUCAGAUGGAUUUAGAGACCACAUCUACUCAUACUUCUGCUAUAAUCCAGUCAGUUAAUGGCUUGGAUAAACUUGAGGAUAAAUCUCAGCAAAAGCCAAAUUCUUGCGACUCUCAUUGCUUUCAAGAUGGAGAAUGUGGUCCAACUGAGAGACAUGUCUCCCCUGAUAAACUUUAUCGAGCUGCAUUAUUGAAGAGUCGAUUUGCUGACACUAUCUUGAAAGCUCGAGAAAAGACACUGACCCAGGGUGUGAAGGGAGAUCCUGAGAAAUUACGCCGGGAUAAGGAAAAAUUAGAGAUGGAGCGACGGAAAGAAAAGGCAAGGCUGCAAGCAGAAGCAAAGGCAGCUGAAGAAGCUAGAAAGCGGGCAGAAGAAGCUGCUGCUGCAGACGCUAAACGAAAGAGGGAGCUUGAGAGAGAAGCUGCUCGGCAAGCACUGCUACAGAUGGAAAAAACUGUGGAAAUCAAUGAGCAUUCACACUUUCUGGAAGAUUUGGAAAUGCUUAGAGCUGUACCUGGUACGCAAUUACCUAGCUGUAUAGACGUGACAAGUCCUGAUCAGUCUGAGGAUGGCAUGGGUAGUUUCACGUUUGGUGGUUGUAAUCCCUUGGAACAACUAGGAUUGUAUAUGAAAGUUGACGAAGAAGAGGAGGAAGGAGAUCCACUGUGUGUUCCAAAGACUGUAAAUGAUGUAGAAGAGGGGGAGAUUGAUUAA